AAGAAAGGAAACGUGGGAAUGGCAGAGCUUGUCGAAGAAAGACCACAGGAUACAAGUCAAACUUGCGGACUAAGUUUAAUCUGCUGACGGCCAUUUUCUGACCAGACCACACAAAAUUGACUAAAUAUUAUAUAUAGAAUUGCGCCUGGAUCUGGAUUCCCCACACCAUCAUUUGCUCACCAGACUUGUCAAGAAUAAAGAGCAUUUUGCAACUAUAGUUUUAGCCUCUGUAAAUCAAAAGCGUGGUGAUGGAAAUAGUUGAAGACGUUGUGAUUGUGGGAGCUGGAAUUGCUGGUCUGACCACAUCCUUGGGACUUCACAGGCUUGGAAUUCGUAGUUUAGUAUUGGAAUCAUCAGACGAGUUAAGGAUCACUGGCUUUGCGUUCACGACAUGGAGCAAUGCCUGGAAAGCCUUGGAUGCUGUUGGCAUCGGUGAAUCUCUUCGCAUCAACAUUACCUUACGCCAAGGUACUCAUACUCGUUGCCUCUACAUUUUAGACCAGCCAGCUUCAGAGAUAUCAUAUAAGGGUCAUGAAAUUCGGUGUCUUCAAAGGAGAUUGUUGUUGGAAACUUUAGCAAAGGAACUCCCAAAUACCAUCGGGUUCUCUUCUAAAGUGGUUUCCAUUGACGAAUCUGGCUUCUUCAAGAUCGUGAUCAUCAUCGAUGGAACCAUCCUCAAAACUAAGUCGAUCGCAAUUAGGGGUUCCAAAUUUCAAAGGUGGCCAUGGCUUUGGACUAAAAUUCAGCAGUUCCUUGGCAAGGGUCGAUCGGGCUUCCUCCCUUGUAAUGAUGAGAAUGUUUAUUGGUUGACUUGGAUUCCAUCCACCAAAGAAAUGGAGUUGGUUCAACGACCAGUUAAACUGAAGCAAUUUGUAAUGAGCAAGCUUGAAGAUAUACCCAAUGAGAUGAAAUCAUUUGUAGGAAAAAGCGAGCUAGAUGCCAUUGCAUCAUCCCAGUUAAGAUCUGGACCUUGGGAGCUUCUAUGGGGCAAUAUAAGCAAAGGCAACGUUUGUGGUGGUGAUGCCCUUCAUCCCAUGACACCGGACCUUGGGCAAGGUGGAAUGCAGACUUUGGAAGAUGGGGUUGUUCUAGCAAGGUGUAUUCUUUGAGCGUUCAUCGAAACCGGUGGGGAAGAAAACAAUGGAAAAAUAGUUGAUGAAGAAGAGGAAUACAAAAGGAUUGAAAUGGGGCUGAAAAAUUAUGCUCAAGAGAGAAGAUGGAGAAGUAUUGAUCUAGUUAGCACAGCUUCUAUGGUGGGUUAUAUACAACAAAACAAUGGGAAGAUUAUGAACUUCCUCCGAGAUAAAUUCCUUUCGAUUCUUACAGGAUCUUUGUUAAGAAAGGCUAGUUUUGAUUGCGACACUUUCGGAUAUUGA